UGGUUAUACUUGCAUUGUGCUGCAGCGCAUAACAUGUGUAUUGUCACAUAUCGAAUCUGUUUAAUGAGUUUUGCACACAGACGAUUAUCCGACGCAGCGCAUGACAGGGCAUGACAGCGAAGUCUGGUGAAUUUUGAUUUUUGCCUAUGUGACAUUUGCAAAGAGAGCUGACGCUCUCAUUUGUGCACUGCCAUAUGUCAUUUACACCGAGAUUUGACAUUCGACAUUUGGAAAGCGGCAAAAAAAGCGGGCGAAUAAUGAUUGAUGACGAAAGGCUGGUCGAUUUGGUGCGGGCGAAUGAUGCCAUAUACAAUAAAAGAAGCCUGUCAUAUAGAUUUCCGGAAAAAAAGAAGGCGGCGUGGGCAAGUGUGGCACAAGAGCUGGGUGCAACAGAAGAUCAGUGUACCAGACGUUGGCAGUCCUUGCGGGAAAGGUAUUCCCGAGAACUAAAAAGAUUGGAUGCACCAUCGGGGAGUGCGGCCGCACUGACGGAAACAUGGCCAUUGUUUGAAAGCAUGGGCUUCCUUAAAGAAUUUGUAAAGCCCAGGGCAACACGAUGUACAACGAAUAUUUUAUCCGAAUUUCCUACAUCUCCACCUUCGCCAACACUUUCUUCGUCAUUUUCGUUGACAGAGACGUUAAUGUUUACCGGUUCACCUGAUGCAGUGGAGGCGACGUUCUCAACUGAGGAGUUGGCAUGUGAGCAACCAACGCCGACAACUUCGCAAAAGAAACGAAAACGGCAGGAAAGCGAUGCAGAUGGGGAAUUCCGUGAAGCAUGUCAAUUGUAUAAAGACAUGUGUAAAGAGCGGGCAGCACAAAAAGGAAGCCAGACCAUACGUGCUUUCGGGCAAAUGAUUGUGUCCACAGUCAGUGAGAUGAGUGAAGCGAAACAGGUAAAGGCGAUACAAGUCGUCACAAAUACCAUCAUGACCAUCAAAUUGGAGCCUGAAGAAUAG